AUGGAUACUGUCAGGAGAAAGUACCUUAUGAUCUUCAAUUGCAUCUUAUUAGCAAUUGGUGCCACUGGAGGUCCGCUUCUAAUCCGUCUCUACUUCGUCCGUGGUGGUAAGCGAAUAUGGUUCGCGAGUAUGCUAGCAAGUGCAGUGGCGGAGUUGGUGUACAUUAAAGCUAAGCAAUCCUUAACUUACAGUUUAGUGAUAGAAAUGCAGAUUGUGAUGGCUGUGCUUGCUUCCCUUUUCUGCAUUGUUGGGAUGAUUGUAAACAAUGAUCACAAGAUUUACUUCGUCGGGACAGCAGGAGUUAUAUUUUGUUCAACAUCUUUGCUUGCUGGUAUUAUCGCUGCCGUAAUGCUACCCAUAACGGAGAUCCUAUCUGUCGUAUUCUACAAUGAGAGUUUCAAAUCUGAAAAGGGUAUUGCGUUGUUCCUCUCAUUAUGGGGUUUCAUUUCUUACUUGUACGGAGGCUACAAAGAACACAUAGAAGCGGAGAAGCAGAGUUCCGAAUUAAAGCAAGACGAAAACCUCCCUCCUCAAACCAGUAAUUUAAUAUACUGA